AUGAUGUUCCUUCACUCGCGUCUCAUCGGCGUCUUCGCCUUCGCCUUAGCCGCCUCCGCCGCCCCUACCACCUGCCCACCAGCCGAAGAACCCGCGCAAGACCAAUGCAUCGGUGUCGCUUGCCCCGAAAACACUUACUGCAAAGUUUUCAACUUCCGUUUAGAGCAUCCUGUUGCUUGCAAGUCCAACGGCACCGUACCGGCGGAUGCACAGACUUGCGGCGAGGUCAUCUGCCCGAUAGGAAAGACCUGCUGCAACUCGCCUUGCGGCGUGUGCGCAAACCCUGGGGAAUCAUGCUUGGAAUGGGUCUGCUGA